AUGGAUAAUUUACAAAAUACCCAAAUAAAUUCAACAAAUAAUUUAAUUGAGCCUCCAAAGGGUAUUGAAUCAGAGAUUGAAAGCUCUACAGUUUUAGAGGAUGAAGAUGUUGAAUGGAUAGAAGUGACAGAUGAUGAAGGGUGUGGGGAACAAGAAAAGGAACAAAAUGUUGGGCAAUUACAAAAACAGCCCGAAUUAAUAUUACAACAAAAACCCUUUGAAACUUUUCAAACAACCAGCACAACUUCAAUAAUCCCAACAAAUAAUGUCCAGUCAGAAUCUACAGAAAAAAUAACUGAAAGACUUCCAGAUGAAUUAAGUAGUAUAAGUCCAGUAGAAAGUGACGAACAAUCGGAAGAAUUAACUAUUCCAACAACAAAGGAUUUGUUAACUGGGGCUGCCCAAAAGGUGGCAUUUUCUGUUGAGAAGGAAGAGAAGGAAAAUGAAAAUAAGAAUGGAGAUGAGAUUCAAAUAAAAAUAUUUAAGGGAGAAAAGAAGGAGAAUAAUGAAGAAGAUAAAGAAUUAAAAACACCUACUUCGAAUAUUCAAUCAAAUUUUUUUCCAACAGAAAAGGGAAGGGAAGAGGAGGAAGACAAAAAUAAGAAGAAAAAUAUUUCUGAAAUCCCAACAAUUUAUUUUCCAAAAAAUGAAACUUUAAUUAAUCAAAAUGAAGAAGGGGAGAAGAUAAAAGCUGCGGAAAAGGAAGCAGAAAGAUUAAUAACUGAAAUUGGGUUAAAAGAGAAUGAAGAAAAUAAGAAGGGAAUUAAUGGAAUAAAUGAGGGAGGAAAUAAAAAUUUAGAUAAUUUAGAGGGAAUAUCUACAGAAAUUAAAAUACAACCAUUUUCUUAUUCGAAAGAAGCUGAUUCUUCUAAUAAAGAAGGAGAUAAGUUGAUACAGGGAGAUCAAGAAAAUAUUAAAGAAAAAGACGAAAAAGAAGACAAAAUAGACAGAAAAGAAUCGAAAAGUGAAGAAACUAAAUUUUAUGAAGUUCCUCCAAACGGCUAUGAAACACUUGAAUUAACUGAAGUUAAACCAGCUAAUGUUAAUUAUUUAAUUCCUCAAGAAAGUAAAGAAGAAAAAAUGUUAACAGAAACAAUUAUUUUACCAAAAAAUGUCAGAUUUGUUGAGGAAAGGAAGGAAGAACAACAAAAAAUUAUGGAAAACAAGUCCAAAGAUGAAAUAUCUUCUUUGGAUGAAUAUGAAUUAAAAUUGAGAAGACGUUCCAAAGAGGCACUGGAAUUGGUUGAUAAAAUAUGUGGAUUACAGGCACAAGAGACAGAAAAAAAACCUCCAAUCACUCGACCUUCUCAAUUUAAUCUUGAAAUGGAUAGACCAGGUAAUACGCCAAAGGAUGAAUUACAAGAAGCACUAAAUGCAGGAAUUCAUGGGUUAUCUGGAAGUAAUAGGGAAACUGUUGGAGUGGAUACAAAAAUACCAGAAUCUGUUAUUCAAAUUGGAGGAGGUCCAAUUCUUGAUGUAGAAUGUGUUUUAGUUAGCCAAUCAUUGCUUCAAUUUCCAAUGGAUUGCCUACUUUUGCCUGGAAAUAAUUUAUUAAUUGUUGAUUCAGAUGCCGGUCUUUUGUUAAUUUCAUUAGAAUCUAAACAAGUUUUGAAACAAAUAAGUCCAAAACAAAAUGUUUGGAGAAAUCCAGAAUGUUGUUGUUUGGGAAGUGGAGGAAAUAAUAAUGGAGAAGAACAGACCAUCUUUGUUUUAUUAGAAUACAAUGUGAAUAUCGAUAAAGAAAAUUCUGAUAUACCUCCAACCUCUCCAAUAAAAGGAAUUUUAAAAGAAAGACAAAGUAACGAAAAACCAUUAGAACAACAACAACCCCAAUCAAAACCCGAAUGGCGCCGUUAUAUCUGCAGAUUUUCAAUUUCUGAUUUUUCAAUGUUAGAUAGAAUAGAAGCACCAAAAUGGUUAAGAGAGAGGGUUAUUUGGAGCUGUAAAAUGUGUUCUUUUAAUAAAUUUAUUUAUUUGGCUGCAAAUACACCAAAUCAGGGAUUUUUGUUUGAAUUAAAUUGUGAAAAUGGAAAGUGGAUUGAAUGUAGAGGAACGAGAAUUAAUAGUCAAUUUGCUGAUGUUAAUUACUUUGCUAGUGUUGGUCCAGUAACAGAAUUAUUAUUAGUGGAGACUAAUCGUUGUUAUGUCCAAUUAAUAUCCAUUUACAAUUCAACAGUUGUAAAUGCUAGAAUACUUGGAAUAUGUGAAAGACCUGGAGCUUUAUGUGUUGACAAUUAUGGAAAUGUUUUAAUUUUUGAUAGAUCUUCAUCAUCUGUUGGUUUAUAUUCUAGGGCAUUUUUAGAAAAAAUUGGAGAUUUGGCUUUUGUUGAAAGAGCAAAUUGUCAGUUAAGUGCUAGAGAUGGAGUAAUUGCUAUUUUGUGUAAAACAACAAAGGAAUUAAGAUUACACAAAUAUUUGGAUAAAUUAAAUUUAAUAAAUAAACAAUUAUUUGGAGAAAAUUAUUUUUGUGGUGAUGGAGGGAAGAAAAAGAAAAAUGGUAAAGGAAGAAUUGAAGAGAUUGGAGAAGAGGAAGAGGAUGAAAUUAUUAGAGAACCAAUACCUUUAAUGAGAGCAUAA